GCGCGACGAUGGGCAACGGGAUGUGCUCCCGAAAGCAAAAGCGGAUCUUCCAGACGCUGCUGCUGCUGACCGUGGUGGUGGGCUUUCUGUACGGCGCGAUGCUCUACUACGAGCUGCAGGCGCAGCUGCGCAAAGCCGAGGCGGUGGCGCUCAAGUACCAGCAGCACCAGGAGUCCCUGUCCGCCCAGUUACAAGUUGUAUAUGAACACAGAUCAAGAUUGGAGAAAUCCCUGCAGAAGGAAAGACUUGAACAUAAGAAAGCAAAAGAAGAUUUCCUGGUGUAUAAGUUAGAAGCACAAGAAACACUAAAUAAAGGCCGACAAGAUUCCAAUAGCAGAUACGGUGCCCUGAAUGUCCAGCAUCAGAUGCUGAAAAGUCAACACGAGGAGCUGAGGAAGCAGCACGGCAGCUUGGAAGAGGAACAUCGCAAACAAGGGGAGGACUUCAGUCGCACCCUGAACGACCACAAGCAGAAGUAUUUGCAGCUGCAGCAGGAGAAAGAACAAGAACUGUCUAAGCUAAAAGAAACUGUGUAUAAUUUGAGAGAAGAGAACAGACAACUGAGGAAGGCACACCAAGACAUGCACACGCAGCUCCAGGACGUGAAGCAACAGCAUAAGAAUUUACUCUCCGAGCAUGAACAACUUGUAGUGACUUUGGAAGACCACAAGAGGGCACUAGCUGCUGCACAGACUCAAGUUGCAGAAUAUAAACAACUGAAAGAUACUCUGAAUCGGAUCCCAAGCUUUAGAAAAGCCGAUGUAACCAACGAGCAGAAUAUGACCCUGGUGGCCCAUUCUCCGCAUGGUGAUGGCACCAAAGAGAAGCUAACUGGAGGGUCCCGGGAGGUGUCUCCGAAUAGUGAUGUGAGGCAGAAUGUGGAAGCAGUUCCUGGAAGAACAGAAGAAACCAAGCCUUCCCCUCCCGCUCAGAACGGGGCUGAAUUUCAAGCUCUCGCAGAGCUGAACCAGCAGGAUGCAGAAGCCAGAGAGCCUGAGGGGCGCCAGGUGGAGGAAGAGCACAGGAAGGCCCUUGAAGAGGAGGAAAUGGAGCAGGUCGGACAAGCGGAACAUCUGGAAGAAGAGCACGACCCAUCGCCAGAGGAGCAGGAUCGGGACUGGAAGGAACAGCAUGACCAACAAGAAGCCAACCUUCUGGAAGGGCACCCUCCUGCGGAGGUAUAUCCUUCUGCCAAGCCAGUUGGCAAAUUCCGAUCACCAUUUGAGGAGCAGUUAGAACAGCAGAGACUAGCAGCGAGGCAGACGGAGGAGGCUCAGCAGCUGAGAGAACGCCAGGAAGCUUUACAUCAACAGAGGCUCCAGGGACACCUGCUUUGGCAGCGGCAGCAGCAGGAGCAGCAGCAGCAGCUUCGGGAGAGAGAGCUGGCCCGGGAGAGAGAGCUGGCCCGGCAGAGACAGGUCCAGCACGAGGAGGUUCAGCAGCAGCGCCAGGAACAGCUACGGCAACAAGCUCGCUAUGAUGCUAUGGACAAGGAUAUUGUUCAGGGAGCAGAGGACCAGGGUAUCCAAGAAGAAGAAGGCGGUGCCUAUGAGAGAGACAACCAGCAUCAAGAUGAAGCAGAAGACGAUGCAGACAAUGGACAUGAACCCCAGGCACAGAGGCCCCGAGAAGCCAAUCCAAAUGCUGAGGCAGAUAGGGCAGCUGUGGAAGAUAUAAACCCAGCAGAUGACCCAAAUAAUCAAGGUGAAGAUGAAUUUGAGGAAGCUGAGCAGGUGAGAGAAGAGAAUCUUCCUGAUGAAAAUGAGGAGCAGAAGCAAAAUAACCAAAAGCAGGAGAAUGCAGAGAUGGAGGAGCAUUUGGUGAUGGCAGGGAACCCAGACCAGCAGGAAGAUACCGUUGAUGAGCAGUACCAGGAAGAGGGGGAAGAGGAGAUUCAGGAAGAUUUGACUGAAGAGAAAAGAAGAGAACUGGAGCAUAAUGCUGAAGAAACCUAUGGUGACAAUGUUGAUGAUAAAAACAAUGAUGCAGAAGAGCAAGAAAUCCGAGAGGACAAUCACCCCAAAGGCCGAGAGGAACACUAUGAGGAGGAGGACGAGGAGGAGGAGGAAGAUGGGGCCGCUGCGGCUGAGAAAUCCCAUCGGAGAGCUGAAAUGUAGCUGAGCCUGCUCUCACCCGGGGCUCCGACUGGGAUUCUUCUCAAGCUGCUCAGAGAUAAAUCUUCCUACUGAACUUUAGGAUAUUUAAUUGCAGAAAUUAAGGAAUUUAGACGUAAAGAACUUUUGUAUUAGAAAUACUCAUACAUUUAUAUGAAGAUAUUUUGAUAACGUAGGUUAGAGCUUCUUUUAUAUUCACUCUAAACAGGAGCAAGAACAAAAAAGCAAACCUUAGUCUCUGAAUCUCAUAUUUCAUAGAUUGAGAUGUUGGGAUUUUGUUUUUGUUUCAACAUGUUACCGCCCUUCCUUGUCAUUUCCAGAUGUUCCGUGUGACUUUGAUACAGUGCAGUAUCUAAAACAGUGAGACUACAAGAUGCUGUGCAGACAUUAAGGGGGAAGCUCAGUUGGCUGAAUUGACCCUCCCGGGGUUCUGAUAGAAUUUUCUCUGUCUAGGAGAAGACCCUCAUGCAGUGUGGCAUCCCAUUGAAAUUGUUCUGGUUUGUUUUCAAAGGAAAGGCAUUGUUUUUCAGAUUUUUUUUUUUAGAUCCAUUACAAAAAUGUUUGACAUUACUGAAAAUGAUAACUUCUGCUUGAGAGGAACUGAAUUGAAAAGUGACAGAGUACUAAAACUCACGUGACAGUAUCUUGGACUUAGAUCCUUCACUGUUAAAACAAGUUCUAACACAUCCGAGUGUGAACCUUUUUGCAGGACCACCGGGCUAAGAGCUAUGUUAGUGAGUAUGUGUGGUAUUUCUUACAGGAGAGCCUGCUUUCAGUAUUCUUUGUUCCUGGUGUCAGUGUGUCGUCCUCAGCAUAACCCCUCUCUCUGUGCCUCUGCACGUAGUCAGCUCGGUGACGAGUGUCAACAUGAAGGCAUACCAAAUGGUGUCAGAGGAUGAUUUUUUGCAACAAUACAAGAUACCCGUGGUGAUAUGAUAGAACCUCAUGACUUUUCUAUUUGCAACUUAAUUAUGAAUUAUUAUAAAUCCCUUUGAUAAAAUAUUAAAAACCAAAAUUCACCUUGAAUAAAGGCAUAGUUCAGCCAUAAGAAUAAAGCUUUUUAAAAAACAUGAGGACUGGGUAAUAUAAUUCAUAUGGAGGUGAUUUUGUAAUAACACACUGAAAGUCACAUCUCAGUUUCUCCCAUUAUUGUAUGAAUGUAAUUUUGUAUUUUAAUAGCCAUGUUCAUGGAUGGUUUUGAUUAUCCCAGUUGAGUGAUUAUGUAUGUAUGCACAGGAAUGCUUCAUUUCUAUGUAUUUUGGAGUUUCAAUAAUCAUAAAUCAAGUCUUACACUUAUGUAUAAAAUCCUUUAUGUAAUGUAAAAUGUAUAAUAUUGUAUAUAAUAUUCAGAAUACAAUUAUUUUGGUAAAUUAGUUUGUAUUUUUAAUGUCCCUGUUGCAGUAUUUAAUUAUUUGAAAGAUAUUAAAACUUGGUAAUAGUCAAUAAAGACCCAAAAAGCAGGUGGUAAA